AGCACGCUCGCGCUCGCAGGAAGAGCAUUGCCACUGCGAGACAGCCAAGCAUGGAAAUCCCUCCCACUGCCCCCCAACAACCCUUCAGACAACAAGUAAGUACUGGAACAUGCUAUAUUACCUGUUUCCAUUAUUAUUGUGUCAUUUUCACUUACUUUGAGCCAUACAGUAAAGUGCUACCCACCCAUAUUAGCUUAACUUCCUGCUCUCUAUCAGUAUUCUCCCUCAUCUCCCUGUUCUCUUUUGUCCAGAGCAGAAUUGAUAAUAGUAAUAUAUAGUAGGCUAACGGUAAUGCUACUAAUUUACCGAUUCCAAAUUAAAAGAACAGCAUAACAGUAAGGGAUACACCUGUACAUUUACACCAGUUCAACCCCAGAAGAGUACUCAUGCCAGUUGAGUUUUCGAGUCUUCAAAUAGGCUUACACCAUCUUAGUGACUGAAUUGGCAUAGCCCACUGAAGCUUCAUCUGUAGCCCAAUAGCCUCCUCCAGUGGUCAUCUGAAGGAAGCAAAACACAAACACUUCAAAAGGGGGGUCCUCUCCUCAUCUCCUUACGUCCAUCAGUACCACAACCACCACCACCACCACCAAUAACAUAGAUUCCUGCUAACACUGAUUUCGCAGAUAGCGCCUAUUUUGAAGAGGGUUUAAUGCACUGAUUGUAAGUCGCUCUGGAGCGUCUUACAAGAGCUUCUGCUAAAUUACUGCAUUUUUUAUGAAAUGGACAUCCCCACCUGUGUAAUGGUCACCUCUCCUGUCCCCAACAGAGCUUCCUCAGUCGAAAGUUGAAGGGCUCCAUCAAGAGGGCAAAGAGCCAGCCCAAACUGGAUCGAACCAGCAGCUUCCGCCACAUGAUUCUACCCCGUUUCCGUAGUGCUGAUCAGGAGAGGUAGCUAACGCUUUCCAAAAAGUUUGCAUGUGUUACGUACACGGUUUCUGUUAUACACUCUGUAAAGCUUUUAUUCUUUUUUUGUAUUUACCUGGUGUUUUCCAAUAUGUACAGUAUAUGGUAACAGUGGUUACUUUUUGGUACUUAUUGCAAGAAUUUAACAAAAUUUGUAACACUACCUGGUACCAAAUUAUAUUUAGUAGUGCUUGUUUCAAUGCAAGUAGUGCUUGUUUCAAUUUAGCAGUGCUUGUUUCCCUUAACACUGUAUUGGGACCACAGAGUAUCUUAACCGCUCUCUCUCUCUCUCUCUCCUCUCUCUCUCUCUCUCUCUCUCUCUCUCUCUCUCCUCUCUCUCUCUCUCUCUCUCUCUCUCUCUCUCUCUCUCUCUCUCUCUCUCUCUCUCUCUCUCUCUCUCUCUCUCUCUCUCUCUCUCUCUCUCGAUCUCUCUCUCAAGGACACGUCUAAUGCAGAGCUUCAAGGAGUCCCACUCUCAUGAGUCCCUGCUUUCCCCUAGCAGUGCAGCGGAGGCUCUGGACCUCACGCUGGAUGAAGAUGCUGUCAUCAAACCUGUCCACUCCAGCAUAUUGGGCCAGGAGUACUGCUUUGAGGUGAGUGCCCUGCUGCCAGAAGAAUAGUUUAUAGUAUCUCUCCUAAUAUUGAAUCUAAAACAUUUAUUACAGCUCUGUUAUCCCAGUUGAUGUGUCAUGGUGAUAGCAAUUGAUCAACUGUUACACACUAACAAGCAACAAACAAUAUCAUUGAUGAAUUCACUUCUAUGUGUCUGUUUGACUGCAGGUGACCACCAUUUCAGGGACAAAAUGCUUUGCCUGCCGCUCGGCUGCUGAGAGAGACAAAUGGAUUGAGAAUCUACAGAGAGCUGUCAAGCCCAACAAGGUGAACAAAUAGAGAGGAACAAGGACCCUGCUUGCAGUCCACACUCAAAAUGCCUUUCAGGCAUUAAAAAUGGAAAGAUCAUCUCCAUUAGUUUCAGCAGUCUUCACCUCUCUCUCUCUCUCUCUCUCUCUCUCUCUCUCUCUCUCUCUCUCUCUCUCUCUCUCUCUCUCUCUCUCUCUCUCUCUCUCUCCAAUGCUCCCAUUUUAGGACAACAGUCGAAGGGUGGACAAUGUGCUUAAGCUGUGGAUCAUUGAGGCCAGGGACCUUCCGCCUAAGAAGCGGUACUAUUGCGAGCUGUGUCUGGAUGACAUGCUGUAUGCGCGUACCACCAGCAAGCCCCGCACGGACACUGUCUUCUGGGGCGAGCACUUUGAGUUCAACAACUUGCCUGCCAUUCGUAGCCUACGCCUGCACCUUUACAAGGAGACAGACAAAAAGCGACGCAAGGUGUGUGUCUGUGUCUGUGUCUGUCUAUGGUGGUUGUAUUUCUCCGUCUAUCUUUGUGUUUGCAGAGUUACUCAAAUAUGUAUUUUUAUUAUAUUCUCCAUUCUGUUCUCUAACCUAGGAGAAGAGCACUUACCUCGGCCUGGUCACUAUCCCCAUAUCGAGCAUCACAGGCAGGCAGUUCGUGGAGCAGUGGUACCCGGUGAUCCAGCCCAGUGCUUUGGCUAAGGGUGGCGGUGUAGGCAGUGGCAAGGUCAUCAAUGCCUCAAUCCGCCUCAAGUCCCGUUACCAGACCAUGAGUAUCCUGCCCAUGGAGCUGUACAAGGAGUUCGCUGAGUACAUCACCAAUAACUACCGUACGCUGUGUGCCGUGCUGGAGCCUCUGCUCAGUGUCAAAAGCAAAGAGGAGGUGGCGUUCGCAUUGGUGCACAUUCUCCAGAGCACGGGCAAGGCCAAGGUAGGAAGGCACUAAAGCAGGGGUGGCCAAGCACUCCUGUUGGAGAGUAACCCCUUUCUGAGCUUUUUGUAAAUGAGGCCUGUAGCAUCUUUCCUGGCCGCUGGGUCUGCUGUACAAUGUGUUUGUGUUGUUUGUUUGAGGAGCAUGUUCUUUUUUCAGGAUUUCCUGUCAGACAUGGCGAUGUGCGAGGUGGAUAGAUUCAUGGAACGAGAGCAUCUGAUCUUUCGAGAGAACACCCUUGCUACUAAAGCCAUAGAGGAGUACCUCAAAUUGAUAGGGCACCGGUACCUCAAGGAUGCCAUAGGUACAACUCUAAAUUAUUUAAUUGUAUACCAAUACCAGUGUAAAAUGACCAAAUCCAGACCUGGGUUCAAAUACUAUUUGAAAUCGUUCAAAUACUUUGAGCGUUUGCUUUAGCCUGCCUGGAGUGCCAGGUCUUUGCACUUUUAUGACUUUUUUAUUGAACAGGCAAGCUCAAUCAAGCACAGCUAAAGUAUUUGAAAUGAUGAGUGACAAUGAUGUUGAUGAGAAGACUAUGAUGAUGAUGGUGAUGGGGAUGAAGAAGAAGAUACUGAUGAGGAUUAACGGACGGUUGUCUCGUUGACAGGGGAGUUCAUUCGAGCUUUAUAUGAGUCAGAGGAGAAUUGUGAAGUGGAUCCCAUGCGCACUCCACCGUCUGUCCUGGCCGACCACCAAGCCAAUCUUCGCAUGUGCUGCGAGCUGGCACUCUGCAAGAUUGUCAACUCUCAUUGGUCAGAAAUUCUUCCACAUGACUAUGCCAUUGUACAAAUUUGUCAGUAACACAGCCUUCUUUUCUAGUAUGGUGGGCUGGAAAAUAAAGUACUAUUCUAUCCUUCUAUCCUACCCUUUUAUUCUAGUGUGUUUCCGCGGGAGUUGAAGGACGUCUUUGCCUCCUGGAGGGUCCGGUGUGCCGAGCGGGGAAGGGAGGACAUCGCAGACCGCCUCAUCAGCUCCUCCCUCUUUCUACGCUUCCUGUGUCCCGCCAUCAUGUCGCCCUCUCUCUUCAACCUUACCCAGGAGUACCCCGGAGAGCGGACAUCCCGCACUCUUACCCUCAUCGCCAAGGUGGUGCAGAACCUGGCCAGCUUCUCCAAGUCAGUCACUACCUUCCCUUCCAUGUAGCCUUCCCUUUCUUUUACCAUUAACUUUCUUUUUAGCCUUUCCUCCUAUGUACCAUUUCCUUCCACGUAGCCUUCCCUUUUUUUUGCAUUACCUUUCUUUUAGCCUUCCAUCACAUUUAGCCUCCCCUCACCUGUCCUGUAACAAUUAACCUGCCUUUCCCCAAAUUAUUCAGUAUGUCCACUACCAGCCACUACCAGCCAAGCCUUGAUAAGUCAUUAUCUAUGUCCUCAACCAGUUACUCUUCCAGGAACCAAUCCAUUAAUUAUUUCCAUGACAUUACGAUGGGGUCAUACAUGCUUAUGACUUGCUUAAAUCUUACUAUGCAUUAUAACUGUAUCAUAAUACAUUAUAUCAGUCAGCGUGAAGUAAAGUAUUACUAAAUAUGUUUUUCCUUUGGUGACAGUGAAUGAAGAUUUCAUCCAACAUGAUUGUCCACAAACAAGAUGAUUGUGCACAAAAGUGACUGUAACAGGUUUCAAUGGCACAAAUGUUCAGAGGGUGGAGAAGUCUGUCUGCACAGAAAUUAUUUGUUUUAGCGAUGUUCUUGUCACAUUGCAGACAAGGUUACAGUACGAAUAAUUCAAUUCUCCCCCUCACUUUUCAUACUGUAUCCUUUCAUCUUCCUCACCUUCUCUUUCAUUCUUUGCAUUCUCACACUGUCUGUCUCCCCUCUCUUGUUUUCUCUCCGUACCCCCUUAUCACUAUUUCUCUGUACUCCUCCAUACUAUAUAUCUUGUCCCUUUCUCCCUCAAUCUUUCACUGUCUGUGGGAACUUCUUUCUCUCUUUCCCCCAUUGUCUCCCUUUUUUACCCCCCACUCUCUCUCUCUAUGCUCCCCCACACUGCUGUCUUUUCUCUCCUCAGGUUUAGUGGCAAAGAGGACCACAUGUGUUUCAUGAACGAGUUUUUGGAGAUGGAGUGGGGCUCCAUGCAGCAGUUCCUGUACGAGAUCUCGAACAUGGAUACGGGGAGCAACGCAGGGGGCUUUGAGGGCUACAUCGACCUGGGCAGGGAGCUGUCGGUGCUCCACAGCCUGCUGUGGGAAGUCAUGGCACAACUGAGCAAGGUAAUGUGGAAUGUAACCUAGUCCCCAAACUAUUGUGCACAGCGCAUACAGUGCCAUCGGAAGGUAUUCAGACCCGUUGACUUUUUCCACAUUUUGUUGUUACAGCCUUAUUCUAAAAUUGAUUAAAUCGUUUUUUUCCCUCAUCAAUCUGCACACAAUACCCCAUAAUGACAAAGCAAAAACUGAAAUAUCACAUUUACAUAAGUAUUCAGACCCUUUACUCAGUACUUUGUUGAAGCACCUUUGGCAGCGAUUACAGCCUCGAGUCUUCUUGGGUAUGACGCUUGGCACACCUGUAUUUGGGGAGUUUCUCCCAUUCUUCUCUGCAGAUCCUCUCAAGCUCUGUCAGGUUGGAUGGGGAGCGUUGCUGCACAGCUAUUUUCAGGUCUCUCCAAAGAUGUUCGAUCGGGUUCAAGUCUGGGCUCUGGCUGGGCCACUCAAUGACAUUCAGAGACUUGUCCCAAAGCCACUCCUGCGUUGUCUUGGCUGUUGGAAGGUGAACCUUCGCCCCAGUCUGAGGUCCUGAGUGCUCUGGAGCAGGCUUUCAUCAAGGAUCUCUCUGUACUUUACUCAGUUCAUCUUUCCCUUGAUCCUGACGAGUCUCCCAGUCCCUGUCGCUGAAAAACAUCCCCACAGCAUGAUGCUGCCACCACCAUGCUUCACCAUAGGGAUGGUGCCAGGUUUCCUCCAGACGUGACACUUGGCAUUCAGGCCAAAGAGUUAAUUAUUGGUUUCAUCAGACCAGAGAAUCCCCAGUAUUCCAUUGCCUUUUGGCAAACUCCAAGCGGGCUGUCAUGUGCCUUUUACUGAGGAGUGGCUUCCGUCUGGCCACUCUACCAUAAAGGCCCUUCUCCCCCGAUUGCUCAGUUUGGCCGGGCGGCCAGCUCUAGGAAGAGUCUUGGUGGUUCCAAACAUCUUCCAUUUAAGAAUGAUGGAGGCCACUGUGUUCUUGGGGACCUUCAAUGCUGCAUAAAUGUUUUGGUACGCUUCCCCAGAUCUGUGCCUCGACACAAUCCUGUCUCUGAGCUCUACGGACAAUUCCUUCGACCUAAUGGCUUGGUUUUUGCUCUGACAUGCACUGUCAACUGUGGGACCUUAUAUAGACAGGUGUGUGCCUUUCCAAAUCAUGUCCAAUCAGUUGGAUUUAUCACAGGUGGACUCCAAUCAAGUUGUAGAAACAUCUCAAGGAUGAUCAAUGGAAACAGGAUGCACCUGAGCUCAAUUUCGCGUCUCAUAGCAAAGGGUCUGAGUACUUAUGUAAAUACAUUUCUUUCUUUUUCUUUUUCUUUUUUUGCAAACAUUUCUAAGAACCUGUUUUCACUUUGUCAUUAUGGGGUAUUGUGAGUAGAUUGCUGAGGAAAUGUUUUUAUUUAAUCCAUUUUAGAAUAAGGCUGUAAUGUAACAAAAUGUGGAAAAAGUCAAGGGGUCGGAAUACUUUCCGAAGGCACUGUAUAAGCCUGGGACAUCAACGAUUCAAAGUUGGCCUUAGUGGGAGUGACCAUAGAAUUCUAUGGGAGUGACCUUACUGAGUAAAGUAUUUGUCAUCAUUUAAUUUGAGCGAAUCACACGACUGUAAGGCGUGUCUCCAAAUGGAGGCAGGACCUGGCACAAGACACCUACAGGGUAGGGGGAAGGUGUUGUGGGAGAUGAUUGGCUGGUAGAUUAAGCCAAUGCCUAAGUUUUUUGCUAACGAAGGCCAAGUUUGACGUGUUGGUCCACCAGACUCUUGGGGGAUUUGGGCAGAAUUGUCUGGGAACGAGAUUAUGUGGAAUGUGACUGCCUAGGUUCGAACCCUGGUCUUCUGCACAACACACACAUGCGUAAACCCGCAGAAUCUAAAGCCUGGUCAUAGUCUUCAGGUCUCAGGCAAGGUUAAUCAUCACCCGUGCCAUUACAUGAAGAAAAAAACUGUCGCUUCACACAUGAACCGAAGGGCAAAAGGAAGAUUAAAUCAAAUCUUGGAGGACAAUGGAAGUUGACUUAAAAAUACUUAUUUAUUAUUAAAACCAACAUGUUUUGGCGUAUACUGUACCCUUCCUUGGGAUAUUGCAUCCUAAAUGCAUUCGUUUUGAUAAUAAAUAAGUGUUUUUGAGGACAAAUUCCAUUGUCCUCCAAGAGUUGCUGAAUAUUUUCCCAUCUCCAGCUGAGCAAGGUAACAGCAACACCUGCCACAUUUUUUUUCACGGCUUGAGCCACGACUGAUUACACUCCUGCUGUUGUCAAUGCUGCCUGCUACACUGGCCACAUGAGGAGGAGCAUGUUAGUGAAGCAGCAAGGCAUUAGGCAUGCCUUUUAUCGCAAACAAGUAACUUUUUCUAUUUGCGUCUUUGAAGUGUAAAAAUAAAUAUAAAGUGGCUGUAAUACAGAUCUAAUAAGCUUUUCUUCUGCUGAUAUACCUCCUGCUACUGGUUUCCCUCCCCUACCCCUUUACGCCUCUUCUCUCACCACCUCUUGGCUAAAAUCCAUUUGUAUUUUCACUCCCUCCACUCCCGCUGUUCACUUGACUGAAUUCCAUUUAUAUUUUGGCUCCCUUCACUCUGUUCACUUUAAAUAGGCAGAAUCCAUUUUAGAGGGAGCAUGCAAAUGUUUUGGAGAACUGGUAAAUAUAAUUUAAGUGAAACUGAAAGGGGAGUGAAUGAGGGGAAGGAAAAUCACUUUUAAUUGUCUGAGAUCAAAAUAAGCAAGCCUUUUCUAAAAUCAUAACAGUAGGGUAAAAUGACACAUCUGGAAAAUCUACACCUCAACUGAAAUAUUGGACACCUCCAACUCUUGGGAUUCCCCAUGUAAUCAAUGAGUGGAGUGAGCGACUGAACACGUUUGUUUUAAUUGAGCCUGUGGCUGCAUCUCAAUAGUCUACAGUGGCUUCCUCCCUUUGUCUCCCUUCCUCCAUGUGCACUGUUCUGAGAACACAAAACAGGUGAUAGCAAUAUGGUUGACAUCUGCUUUCGCCUGCUCAGCUCCUUCACCUCAGUGUAGAUGAAUGAGAGGAAAAGAAGCCACUCUAGACUAUUCAGAUGUAGCCAGAGUCUCUCCAUAAUCCCUGUAUCCCAAUUCCCAGUCCUUUCUCCAGAGUUGUACACUUAUGCACUCCUCCCCACUCAUUUAUAACCAUGGAAUUGGUGGAGGCAUGGGCUAGAUCAGGGCUGUUCAAGUCCGGUUCUGGAGGACCGAAACACUUCUCGUUUCUGUUUUUAACUGGUAGUUAAUUGCACUCACCUCGUAUCCCAGGUCUGAAUCAGUCCCUGGUUAGAAGGAGAGGAUGAAAACCAGAAGGGUUUUGGCCCUCCAGGACUGGAAAUUAACAGCCCUGCGCUAAAUAGAGGUUCCACCACAUUUCUUAUAACAGUAUUUUCCUUUUAAAUCCAUGAAUGGAAGUGAACAAGUGACACUUCAGGAGAAAGGGCAGAAUUGGGGAUAAACAGUCCCAUUUUUUCAUUAUGCUUUGUCUCCCAGGACGCUAUUCUGAAGCUUGGUCCCUUGCCACGUCUGCUGAAUGACAUCAGUGUAGCCUUGAGGAACCCCCAGCUCCACCGGCAGGCCAGCCACCAGCCAGACAGGCAGCAGGACAGGCUCAUCACACGGCCCUCCUUCAAUCGCCUGGUAUCAUCCGAUUUCCAGAGCCUCAUGAUGCGGGACCUCAACAGGUAACUGCUCUGGACUUAAACACACAAUCUGUGUAAGAUUUCUUGAGGUUCAAUGGUCAUUUAACAAUUGAUAUGCAUUGAUUCUUGAAAAACAUAAGUUAUAAAUACCUUAUUCAUUUAGUACAACUGUUUCACCUUUAUCGUAAUCCAACAGCUAUGGUUGUACAAUUUCAUUGUUGAUGCUUUCGGUUGUCGUUUGAGUCUUUGUAAACAAACAAUGUUGAUGCAAAGAGAGGUGGGGUAUGAGCCUUGGGGGUGACCUAAAAUAUACACUGUAGUAUAGCUUUAAAAUACAGCCCCUGACAAUGGUAACAAUGAUAGAUAAUGAGGAUGAUCAUCCCCAGCUCAAUAGACAUCUCCCGUCUCCCCUCCCCAACCUCUGGAUUAUCUGGGGGUGGGGUCCUAUCGUCUCACGUAAGCAUGGGAAGCUUUGCAGAACGAGACCCCCGCGGCUCAAAGGACGUUUUCUACGUGACCCGUCCCCCCUUGGCUCGGUCCAGCCCUGCAUACUGCACAAGCAGUUCUGAUAUCACUGAGCCAGACCCAAAGGUAAACUUUGAUGCAUCGAUUUAUCGCCACUAACAGACAGCAGUGAAUUUACUAACAAAAACUUUGAGUUGGACACAUACACUGAGUAUACAAAACAUUAAGAAGACCUGCUCUUUCCAUGACAUAAACUGACCAGGUGAAUCCAGGUGAACGCUAUGAUCCUAAUGUUUGGUAUACUCAGUGUAUAUUACAACUUGUAAUUUACCUCAAAAUGUAGUUAUGAAUGAUCCCAAUCACUAAAUAGUGAACAUUAUUAUAAGUGACAUAAUAAUAGGUUAUUCCAGUUGACAGGUUAUGUUCUCUCUCUCUCCUAGGUCCUCAGUGUUAACAAAAGCGUGUCCAUGAUGGACCUGCAGGACUCACGCAUGAAUAGCAUCUCCAACCUCCAUUCAGUGGGCGAUAUGCUCAACUCCUCCCAGGCCUCCAUAGCAGGCCUGGGCCACAGUUUUGGGAACCUGGGCGGCCCGCUUCGCAUGGGAGGCCACAUGUCCGCCGGUGGCUCGGGGAGCUCCGGCUUGAGGCUAAGCCAGAUGGGGGGACCCCUUCACCACAUGGGGGGUCCCACCGACUCUCUCUCCCAGCAGCAGCAGCAUGCGGCAGCCGCCAUGCACUUCCCCCUCUCCUUCCAGAACCCCCUCUUCCAUCUGGCUGCUGACGGCCCUCGGGGUCAGCCCCACAGUCGUCCUCAGGCCCAGCAGCCUCCCCCUCCGCUCUUGUUGGCCUCGGAGCUUGACAAUUCCAACCACCAACAGGGCUACGUGCGAGCGUUCGGCCAAGGCGGCUUCUCGCGCAGCGAGGACCUGUCGGCCCUGCGGCCACAGAGCAGUCUGGUGCAGCCCAGUGUUGUCCACUCGCACAGCUACAGUGACGACUACACGCGGCAGAACCAGAACACUGAAUACGCCCGGCGCCAGCUUUCGCUGCAAGUGCAGGUCGGUAUUCCAGGAAAAUAUCACUAAUUCAAUUUCAAUUCAAUUCAACUUUAUUCAUUCCGGUAGCAGCAUCUACGAUGACACUGUCAGAGCCUAAGUGCACGUUAACAAGAAUACAUCUCUUCAUACUAAACAUACACCACACAAUGCAUGUAACACCUCAUGUAGACAUUACAUUUAGCAAUCAGGCUGUUGCAGACUGUUGUUGCGGUCUGUUGCAUUAAUAAACCCCAUCAUAGAUUUCAAUUGAUAUUUCAUUUCAAAAUAAAUUGACAAGAAUGAAAUCACCCAGCAGUCACUUUUUAGAGGCAUUGAUAGUGAAAUGUACAGUAUCUGCCUAUUGUUUGUAUGAGUAGACGCUUGAAAAACAAGUUAGACAGGGAUUGUCCAAUUAAAAGGGAUUGUCCAAUUAAAAGGGAUUGUCCAAUUAAAUUGACUUCACAACCAGUCUUCAUCUCCUUCCUUGUCUCUCCUCUUACACUCUCUCCCUCUCUCUCCCUCUCCUAUAGUAUUUGAUCUCAAAUACUGUAUCUUUUUUUUCUAAAUAUUUCCUGCCACCCUCCCUCCCUCCGUCUCCCUCUUUUCCUUUUCCCGCCCACCCUCUCUCUCUCAGGAGAAUCUCCAGCAGCAGAUUCUUAUGGGAAUAACCUCUCAGACGGCCACAGGCACGGGCACUCCCACCUCCUUGGCCACUCCCCCCUCCACCGUGCAUUCUGUCCAUCAUGGCUCCGUAGCACCGCCUCCCCCGCAGCGCCUCAAAUCCCAGCUGUCCAUCAGCCCCGGGGCUACCUCCACCCCUCCCAAGGCCCGCCCCCAGAGCAGGAACCUCCUUCUCCAGUCGCCCGACUCCAGCUUUGGCGGCAGGCAGCCCUCGCCACAGCAACAACAGCAGCAGCAGCAGUUGUCCGUCAAACAGUCUGACAGCCCAGCCCCUGGGCUCCCACACCAGUCGAGCUCUGCCAGGGACGGCCAGGGGGCGCCACAAGGGGGCAACGGAGAGACCACAGACACCCCGACUAAGAGCACCAAGCAGCCUCAGACCACAGACACCCCAACUAAGAGCACCAAGCAGCCUCAGCCGCAGCCCCAGCAGCAGCAGCAGCAGCCUCCACAGCAGCACCUGCUCAAGCCUACAGUCAAUAAACAGGUCUAUUGCUGGAAUGCCAUGGGCUCUGUGUUGGAACCAUGUUAGUCCACUGAGACUAAAGCCUUGGCAUUAGCUCUGGGUCUCAGGCAAGGUUACUCGUCACAAACCACCUCGGCUACAUGUGAAAUCAAACCUGUUAAUAACCAGGGCCAAUAUUAAUCACACUUCUGUGAUUCUCAGAAUCUCAGCUGAUUUAGGAUGAGGGAUCACUGAGGAAGCUUAGCCUGUGUCACAACUUCAGUGUCAUGAACAUGUAAUUUGUGUUCGAUUUUAACCAAAUCUAUAUUUGGUCCCAGUUCCCUACAUGUUUUGCAUAAUGUAAAAAUGAUGUAGUGUAAUGUAAAUGUAACAUCAAAGAAAAUCUGAUUAUGUAUUGAACGCUAUUGUUUGAACAUUACAGGCAUAUUGUAAAAAUCGAAGCACUUGUCCAAAGGUCAGUCCAAAGAGAUACAUGUAGAAAAUGGAUAGCCAACCAAAAAGCACAGAAAAGUGUUGCUGGUUUAGCUAGUAAUUUAGACCACUGCGCCUGGAGUGGCGCAGUGGUCUAAGGCACUGCAUCGCAGUGCUAGCUGUGCCACUAGAGAUCCUGGUUCGAAUCCACGCUCUGUCGUAGCCGGCCGAGACCGGGAGACCCAUGGGGCGGCGCACAAUUGGCACAGGGUAGGGGAGGGAAUGGCCGGCAGGGAUGUAGCUCAGUUGGUAGAGCAUGGCGUUUGCAACGCCAGGGUUGUGGGUUUGAUUCCCAUGGGGGGCCAGUAUGAAAAAUAUAAUGUAUGCACUCCCUAACUGUAAGUCGCUCUGGAUAAGAGCGUCUGCUAAAUGACUAAAAUGUAAAUGUAAUGUAUGUAAAUGUAACAGGUUAGAACAAAUCACAAGCUUUCUGAGAUAGGAGUACCUUUUAGUCUUGAUAGCAUGAUCAUGCGAUUUCUGAGCCUCUUCCUGUAUCAUCUUGCCUCUUUGCUUUCAGGGUUCUCAGUCCCCCUCCACCCUGACCCCCAACGAGCGCACUGUGGCCUGGGUGUCUAACAUGCCACACCUCUCUGCCGACAUCGAAAUAUUGCGUAGCUCAUCGAACCUUGAGGACCUUAAGCUGAAGGAGUACUCCAAGAGCAUGGAUGAGUCACGCAUGGAUAGGGUGAGUCUAUUUUGAGGUUUAUGAAGGUGUUCUUAAUGUUUUGUAUACUCAGUGUAUUUUAUUUUAUUUUAAUUAAUUGUUUUAUUUCACCUUUAUUUAACCAGGUAAGCCAGUUGAGAACAAGUUCUCAUUAACAACUGCGACCUGGCCAAGAUAAAGCAAAGCAGUGCGAUAAAAACAACAACACAGAGUUAUAUAAAAAAAACAUAAAGUCAAAAAAAAUACUAUAGAAAAUAUAUAUACAGUGUGUGCAAAUGUAGCAAGUUAUGGAGGUAAGGCAAUAAAUAGGCUAUAGUGCAAAAUAAUUACAAUUAGUAUUAACACUGGAAUGCUAGAUGUGCAAGAGAUUAUGUGCAAAUAGAGAUACUGGGGUGCAAAAGAGCAAAAUAAAUAACAAUAUAGGGAUGAGGUAGUUGGGUGGGCUAAUUUCAGAUGGGCUGUGUACAGGUGCAGUGAUCGGUAAGGUGCUCUGACAACUGAUGCUUAAAGUUAGUGAGGGAGAUAAGAGUCUCCAGCUUCAGAGAUUUUUGCAAUUCGUUCCAGUCAUUGGCAGCAGAGAACUGGAAGGAAUGGCGGCCAAAGGAGGUGUUGACUUUGGGGAUGACCAGUGAGAUAUACCUGCUGGAGCGCAGACUACGGGUGGGUGCUGCUAUGGUGACCAAUGAGCUAAGAUAAGGCGGGGAUUUGCCUAGCAGUGAUUUAUAGAUGGCCUGGAGCCAGUGGGUUUGACGACGAACAUGUAGUGAGGACCAGCCAACAAGAGCGUACAGGUCACAGUGGUGGGUAGUUAUGGGGCUUUGGAGACAAAAAGGAUGGCACUGUGAUAGACUACAUCAAAUUUGCUGAGUAGAGUGUUAGAGGCUAUUUUGUAAAUGACAUCGCCGAAGUCAAGGAUCGGUAGGAUAGUCAGUUUAACGAGGGCAUGUUUGGCAGCAUGAGUGAAGGAGGCUUUGUUGCGAAAUAGGAAGCCGAUUCUAGAUUUAACUUUGGAUUGGAGAUUCUUAAUGUGAGUCUGGAAGGAGAGUUUACAGUCUAACCAGACACCUAGGUAUUUGUAGUUGUCCACAUACUCUAGGUCAGACCCGUCGAGAGUAGUGAUUCUAGUCGGGUGUGCGGGUGCCAGCAGCGUUCGAUUGAAGAGCAUGCAUUUAGUUUUACUAGUGUUUAAGAGCAGUUGGAGGCUACUGAAGGAGUGUUGUACGGCAUUGAAGCUCGUUUGGAGGUUUGUUAACACAGUGUCCAAUGAAGGGCCAGAUGUAUACAAAAUGGUGUCGUCUGCGUAGAGGUGGAUCUGAGAGUCACUAGUAGCAAGAGCGACAUCAUUGAUAUACACGGAGAAAAAUGUCGGCCCGAGAAUUGAACCCUGUGGCACCCCCAUAGAGACUGCCAUAGGUCCAGACAACAGGCCCUCCGAUUUGACACAUUGAACUCUAUCUGAGAAGUAGUUGGUGAACCAGGCGAGGCAGUCAUUUGAGGAAAAAAAGGCUAUUUAGUCUGCCAAUAAGAAUGCGGUGGUUGACAGAGUCGAAAGCCUUGGCCAGGUCGAUGAAGACGGCUGCACAGUACUGUCUAUUAUCGAUCGCAUUUAUAAUAUCGUUUAGGACCUUGAGCGUGGCUGAAGUGCACCCAUGACCAGCUCGGAAACCGGAUUGCAUAGCGGAGAAGGUACGGUGGGAUUCGAAAUGGUCGGUGAUCUGUUUGUUAACUUGGCUUUCAAAUACUUUCGAAAGGCAGGGCAGGAUGGAUAUAGGUCUGUAACAGUUUGGAUCUAGAGUGUCACCCCCUUUGAAGAGGGGGAUGACCGCGGCAGCUUUCUAAUCUCUGGGGAUCUCAGACGUUACGAAAGAGAGGUUGAACAGGCUAGUAAUAGGGGUUGCGACAAUUUCGGCGGCUAGUUUUAGAAAGAAAGGGUCCAGAUUGUCUAGCCCAGCUGAUUUGUAGGGGUCCAGAUUUUGCAGCUCUUUCAGAACAUCAGCUGUCUGAAUUUGUGUGCAGGAGAAGCAGGUGGGGCAUGGGCAAGUUGCAGCGGGGGGUGCAGAGUUGGUGGCCGGGGUAGUGGUAGCCAGGUGGAAAGCAUGGCCAGCCGUAGCAAAAUGCUUGUUGAAAUUCUCGAUUAUUGUAGAUUUAUCGGUGGUGAUAGUGUUUCCUAGCCUCAGUGCAGUGGGCAGCUGGGAGGAAGUGCUCUUAUUCUCCAUGGACUUUACAGUGUCCCAAAACUUUUUGGGACACUGUAAAGUCCCAGUGCUGUGUAAAUAAAUCCAACACUCAUUUGCAACUCUACCUGCCUGCCUCCUGCUGAAUCUUUGUCCUUACGACUGCUAGAAGGCCCCUAUUUUACGCUGAUACAGUGCAGGGGCGAUAGGCUAUAGAUUUCGCGCCAACCUGUCACUUCAAAAGCACUCAAUGAUCUCGGAGUCUCUGCAUUUAAACGUUAUGUUUAUUGUGGUAUAGCUUGAUAUAUGCAGAAUUCAAUAUAAUUCCAAUACAAGAACCCCCAAAUAUGUAGCCCCCGAUUUCAGCUGCCUCCUUAGUCCCUUUAUCCUGGUGCUGGGUCUGCCUAAUAUAUGCCAAUGUAUCCAGAAUUCCAGAGCAUUGAUCUCCCUCUCCUGCCAUCUCUCUGCCAGGUAAAGGAAUAUGAGGAGGAGAUCCAUUCUCUGAAGGAGCGCCUGAUAAUGUCCCAUCGGAAGCUGGAGGAGUAUGAGCGCAGGAUGCUUUCACAGGAGCAGCAGACCAGCAAGAUCCUAUCGCAGUACCAGAACCGGCUGGAUGACAGCGAGCGCAUGCUGAGGCAGCAGCAGCUGGAGAAGGACAGCCAAAUCAAAGGCAUUAUCAACAGGUGAGCUCGAUCAAAACAAGACAAGAAAGAAGGUUAAUGUCUGCUUGCUCAAUUGGCUAGAUAGCAUUUACUUUUGUGGGAAUUUCAAUUCCCUGAAUAUCUUAUCUGUUUCAAUAAACAGAAAGGAUAAUGUUGGGAGCCAAAAUGAUAGAAAGAAACUGAAUCGUGGCUCUGUAGCUUUCUCUAAAAUAAACAUUGUUUCCUUCUUUUCCAGGCUGAUGGCUGUGGAGGAUGAGUUGAGAGUGAGUGCCAUUCCUGAAAUCAAGCCCAGAAUGUUCAGAGAGCAGGUCUGUCCAUUUGUCUGUAUGGCUGAGAGUGUCUUCUAGUCUCUAUAAGUCUAUGGUGUGUACGUCGACAUGGUUUAAUAUGGUUUCACUGGUCUGUCAUAUGUGCCAUUUUUACAAUAGUAGUGGCAGCAUGUAGCAAGUGGAAUGCAUUUGGAAACCUGCUACUCUGCAACGUGCUUACCCAGAUAUGACGGGGUUACCCAGAUAUGACGUACCUGUGGCAAAAAAGACUAACAUACUUAACCCCAUAAAGGGCCUUGAUAACAUAUGGACCCAAUCCAGUUUCUCAACACCAGCUUCCCUUGAAAAAACCCAUGACGAAACAUCUACAACGGUGUUCACUUUACAUUGAUGAAUUUGUUUAAUUGACUACAUACUAUAUAUAUAUAUAUAUAUAUAUAUAUAUAUAUAUAUAUACAGUACCAGGCAAAUGUUUGGACACACCUACUCAUUCAAGGGUUUUUCUUUAUUUUUUACUAUUUUCUACAUUGUAGAAUAAUAGUGAAGACAUCUAAACUAUGAAAUAACACAUAUGGAAUCAUGUAGUAACCAAAAAAGUGUUAAACAAAUAUAUUUUAUAUUUGAGAUUCUUCAAAUAGCCACCCUUUGCCUUUAUGACAGCUUUGCACACUCUUGGCAUUCUCUCAACCAGCUUCAGCUGGAAUGCUUUUCCAACAGUCUUGAAGGAGUUCCCACAUAUGCUGAGCACUUGGUGGCUGCUUUUCCUUCACUCUGCCGUCCGACUCAUCCCAAACCAUCUCAAUUGGGUUGAGGUUGGGGGAUUGUGGAGGCCAGGUCAUCUGAUGCAGCACUCCAUCACUCUCAUUCUUGGAUUGCGUAUCGCUGCAGAAUGCUGUGGUAGCCAUGCUGGUUAAGUGUGCCUUGAAUUCUAAAUAAAUCACAGACAAUGUCACCAGCAAAGCACCCCCACACCAUAACACCUCCUCCUCCAUGCUUUACUGUGGGAACUACACAUGCGGAGAUCAUCUGUUCACCCACACCGCGUUUUUGGAACCAAAAAUCUCAAAUUUGGACUCCAGACCAAAGGACAAAUGUCCAUUGGUCUAAUAUCCAUUGGUCUAAUGUCCAUUGCUCAUGUUUUUUGGCACAAGCAAAUCUCUUCUUCUUAUUGGUGUCCUUUAGUAGUGGUUUCUUUGAAGCAAUUCGACCAUGAAGACCUGAUUCACACAGUCCCCUCUGAACAGUUGAUGUUGGGAUGUGUCUGUGACUUGAAUUCUGUGAAGCAUUUAUUUGGGCUGCAAUUUCUGAGGCUGGUAACUCUAAUGAACUUAUCCUCUGCAGCAGAGGUAACUCUGGGUAUUCCAUUCCUGUGGCGGUCCUCAUGAGAGCCAGUUUCAUCAUAGCGCUUGAUGGUUUUUGCGACUGAAAUUUUCCGUAUUGACUGACCUUCAUGUCUUAAAGUAAUGAUGGACUGUCAUUUCUCUUUGCUUGUUUGAGCUGUUCUUGCCAUAAUGUGGACUUGGUCUUUUACCAAAUAGGGCUAUCAUCUGUAUACCCCCGCUACCUUGUCACAACACAGCUGAUUGGCUCAAAUGCAUUAAAGAAAUUCCACAAAUUAACUUUUAAGAAGGCACACCUGUUAAUUGAAAUGCAUUCAGGGUGACUACCUCAUGAAGCUGGUUGAGGGAAUGCCAACAGUGUGCAAAGCUGUCAUCAAGGCAAAGGGUGGCUAUUUGAAGAAUCUCAAAUAUAAAAUAUAUUUGUUUAACACUUUUUUGGUUACUACAUGAUUCCAUAUGUUAUUUCAUAGUUUUGAUGUAUUCACUAUUAUUGUACAAUGUCAAAAAAUUAAGAAACCCUUGAAUGAGUAGGUGUGUCCAAACUUUUGACUGGUACUGUAUAUAUAUGUGCACCAUGUCUGUUCCGUUGUAUGUAAGCUGUUGAAUGUCUGUCUGGGCACAAUGUCACUACAUUAUAUAAUUUUUACCACCACUGACAAAAGACAAAGGUUUCAUAUUGAGGCAUUUCUAACUCAAAGUUGGUGUGAAUGGCAUCUACUGUAUGAUGGAGUAGACCGGAUGUAUAAGGUUGAAUGGUGUGGUAAAGUAUAGCGGUAUUGCAAUGCAUUGCAGCAUAUUCUACUGAGUCCUAGAGCAUUGAGUUUUAUCAACUGGACAACUUUUGAUUGGUUGUAUUUGAUCCAAUCGCUGAACGAUUUGUUUUGCAAAAUGCCCUCAUUACAGAUGUAGGCACAAACAGUUUAAAUGAAAGCAUGGCCAGACUGAACCAGUGAAGUGAAAUAAUAUUGAAACAGAGAGAUAUUCAGUUUGGAUUCCAGGCUAGCUUUCCCUUGAUCCAGCUACAUGGUAGUUUUUGCACACUGUGUAGUGUGUACGGCCAGGGAAAAUGGGGCCCUGGCAUCUAUAUGUUUAUUUGUAAAGGUAUGCAACACUCCACUACUGAAAUAUACCCCCUACAUUUCUGAAAACAAAAUGCCUUAAGUAGCUUACCAUGGUACAACUGUAAGAAGCUGUGGUUUGCACUGAUAGUGUCAGACCAACACUGACAGUAAACAGGGUUGGGGUAAAAAAAUGAAAAAUAACAUUUAAAUAAGGGGGAUUAGAAAUGAUGCAAACAAUGACAUUGAUAGAACUCACAAUAUCUGCUAUAUUAAAGCUUAAAAGUGAGCAACGGUUCUAUGUAUCACUUUUUCUACUCAAACAACCCUUUUCCUGGAGAGGGUAUUUCACUAGGUUCUUCACUGUCUGAAUGGUUGCAAAUAGGGUUUUCUUCUUGCUAGAGGGUUGUGGGUAAUGUGAAUUUCUGUUUUCAUGUAGCAUUAUUUCACAUGCCGUUGUACCUGUGAUUUUGGUUGUUGUUUUAUUCUAACUGUAUUGCCUUUGUGUUUAUGUUCAUGAGUUCUUUUGGGGUGGUGGGGUGAACACAUUAGCAUAUUUGUGUACUGAUACAUAUUUAUAGGAAAUAAUUAAUAAAACAUCCAUUAUGGGCUAUUUAUUUUUGUAAGUGCAUGACUAAUGGUAGUUUUCCAUGCAUCCAUCCCUGUGUUGAGGAUGAGUUUAGGGCAUCUGCCAGAUGCCUGAAACAGUGGUUUUGAUUGAUCAGGAGCAUGAGUUGUUGAUGAUCCAAACAGAGGUUAAACAUGACACUUUUCUUUUAUUAUUUGAGAAAGGAUAGUAACGGAAGCAGGGAGACAGCAUAAAUGGAGUACAAAUGUGUAGGGCUCAGGAUCGAAUCGGGAUCCCCACCAUGGGGGGAACGUAUAUGGAUCCAAAGGCGAGAGCAUUACCCGCUCAACCAGACUCAGGGCCCACGUGACACUUUUCGUAACUUGGCCAUGUCUAGCGUUACUUGUUCAUUGUGCAUAUGAGGCCACAGUAUUCAGUGAAUUAUGGCAGCCAACACUGUUAGGGUGUCACUGAUAUGAAGCCCAUUGACAACUACAUUUUCUCAAAUUUAAAUGACAAACACUGACUUUUAUCAAUCCCAUUACAUGAAGGGAAAGGUCGCUACUGCCAGCUUAGGCUAUAGUCCCUCUGUAUUGCCUCAGACAAAUGGUUGGACUACACCUGGAUGUGUUCAUUAGGGCAUACAACCAAAAAUUGUUUUGCAACGGAAAAUGAAAAAUAGCUUUUCUUAUUGGAUCAGGCCAGGUAUAUCAGUCCGUCUUCUUCCAUUGGGUGCCUAAGGAACAGGACCCUGUUUCUCAACCCUAACCCCCCCCCCCCCCCCCCCCCCCCCCCCCCCUCCCUUGUCUCUGUCCUGUGAUUUCUUGUGGGGUCUUUCUUUCUUUUCUUUCAUCUCUGUUGGAAUUUCUCAUUCCUCUACUUUAUAACCCAUUUUUCUUCUCUCCCUCUCUGCAAAAUUUCCCCCAACCCCCUCCUCUAUCCCCUCCUGUGUGACGUUCUCUCCCCACGCGUUCUCUUCUGACUCCCUCCCACCCACCAUUCCGCCUUUUCUCCCCUCUCCCUCCCUCUCUCUAUCUUGCUAUCGAUAGGAAGAGGACUCUUCCUCUCUGGGUUCAGCAGACCCCCAUGGUCUCCCUGGAGUGGGGGGAGGGACGGCCACCGCCACUGCCAGGCCCGGGGUCUCCUUUUCGGGCGUCUCCUGUGCCAGCUCCCCUUGGAACGGAGCCCUCCCUCCCCUCCCACCUCCCCGCCUACACGUCAGCCACAACGGGGAACUCCAUGGCAACCGAGCCUACCCCUCGACUACUACCAUGGUUACGCCAGCCAGGAGCACGGCAUCUUGGACCUCGGCAACAGCAGCAUCAGAUCCGAGUUUAACCGGGGGGAGAGCAGUC